ACAACAGAGGAGCGCGCAUCGCGUAGGGGUGCGCACACAGACGUAGUUGCGACACUGGUGAGGCGAAGGCGCGAUACAGCCGAGAGGAUGCAGUGAAAAGCCUCAAUUUCCCAGCUAAUUUACAGCCGGGCAGGGCAGCUAUAAUAGAAAUAACGUCGAAGAUGAGUGUGAUCCAGGCUGCGCACGACGGCAGGGUGGAUAGUGGCAAAGGCAGCCACACUGACAACGCCUGCGGAUCCCCACGGCUCCAGCAGUGCGCUCAUCCCCCUAACAGCAGCAGCAGCCGGACCAAAGAUGCCAGAUAUCAGCAGCAGCUCCAGCAGCAGAAGCAUCAUGGUGGGUCGAUGCUGAAACAACCAUCCUACAACGAACCAGCGGACGUCGUGAGACGGGCGCUGGACUUUAAGAGCCAAGGCACCCAGUGCUACAAGGAUAAGAAGUACCGAGAGGCAAUCGGCAAGUAUCACCGGGCUCUGCUCGAGAUUAAAGGGCUGUGCAGGGUUCUGGGGGAUCCGGACACAAGCUCCAAGUCACCCUCCUCCCUGCUGCCGACCAUCAGCAAGUCCACCACGCUGACGGAUGAGCAGAAGGGGGCAAUGGAGAACGCAGAGCUGGAGUGUUACAACAGCCUGGCCGCUUGCCUUUUGCAAAUGGAGCUGGUGAACUAUGAACGAGUAAAGGAAUAUUGCCUGAAAGUGCUUAACAAGGAAGGAAAAAACUUCAAAGCUUUGUACCGAUCUGGAGUGGCCUAUUACCACCUAGGAGACUUCCAGAAAGCCCUGUACUACCUGAAGGAGUCACACAAGCAGGAACCUUCAGACACCAAUGUCAUCCGCUAUAUUCAGCUGACAGAGAUGAAGAUUCGGAGAAAUGCCCAAAGGGAGAAGAAAGAGGCCACAUAAGCAUUCGCUGUCCGAUGACUUCUCUCUCGUCAUAAAUUUCAGCCCUACUGUGUGCCACCCAGACCUUAAACACCACGGCUUGGAGGUUUUGGUGUAAAAUGAUGUUUGCUCGCUUUUGCCUUGCACAGCAUCUGGUUGCCAGUUACGUGAUUGAAUUUCACUGUUGUGUGCUUGAAAUGUUUAUUUAUUUAUUUUUUUUAAUUGUACAAGGUAUUGUGUUUCGAACCUCCAAUCAUAUCUAGUAUGAAUUUAUCCUGAGUAUGUUUUACCCAUUCCAAUCUGAUGCACUGCCAGUCCAAACAUCGCACAUACAGGCCAUAACUUGUGAUGGAGACAGGAGCAAUAAAGGUGAAUCCAGCAUGUCUGCAGGCGAGUAUAACUGUAAAUUAGCACCUGCCCUCGCACAAGAUGUCUUUUAAAUGCCUUGGAGUAAAUGAGUAACAACCACCUACACUUCUGUCACCAUACUUUGAUUUUGAAAGCACUACAAAACUCACUUUUUUAUACUCCCAAUUAUACCUGAAGUAAAGGUGCUAGUCGUAAGUAGGUUUAAAACUCAAAAUGCUUGGGCAAGGACAUCAAGAGCACAUGGUUGCUAACUGCGGUAUGAGACAUAUCACAAAAUGUAAAUAGGCUACUUUAUAAAAUCACAAGAAGAUAUCCUGAAAUGGUGAGCUUUUUGUGUUUAUUAAUGCCAAAAUGAAGCACUUCACUCACAGCAUUUACUGUAUCUUCAAAUACUGUGUUUACUGUAAAGGUAUGGUUGUAAUGUGUGUCUAUUGAUUGCAUUAUUUUUUGUGGUGCUGCAGCAUUGGAUUUCUCUUUAGUUUUCCUUUUUUAUUUUCCUAAUGAGCUUAACUAAAUGAAUAGAGAAAACAUGAUGAAAGCACACGUGUAAAUCAAUAAAUGAAACAAUGCUGGGUGGAAAGAGUUGACGUUUUUGUCUUGGUAGUUGACAUUGUAAAGCAUAAUGUUAAUUUUCUAGAGGGAUGGUAUCAGGAUGCAGAAAUCCUGACACUGGCAGUUAUUUAAGAGUUAAUCAACGCUUUUCAUUUCCACCAUUUUAGUUGAUAUGGCUAAUUUCUUAGCCCCAGCUUUUAAAUCUUUAUAUAUUAAGAGUAUUAUC